AUGUCUUCUCUUACGCUGUUGUGGAAAACAUAUAGACAAUUGAAUCCCACCUGGAUGCUCGGAUUGGGCAUAAUAGCCGUACUAGUGGUUAGCGCUAGCAUGAAACAGGCCCGUCUGACCAAUGACUUUGUUUCCCAGUUGAGCACAUCAAAGACCCUGAACUCGCUCAUGAGCUGCUCAGGCUCUUACAGGAGUAUUGACUGUCUCAAAAGAUACCACAAAGAUAUUUUGCGAGAAUUCGCCCCGACCCUUAUACCAAUUGUUCACGCUGAGUUGAAGUUUUGUCUGAAUGGACUCCAGAACGGCCAAACAGGUGCAGAUGCGCUUCUGGGCGUCCAUUCAUGUCUUAGCAGGGCUGACAAGCUCAAUUCGGCUUUCCAAAUGACACACGCAGAAACAGUACCAUUCAAUAUCUCGCUAUUUGCAUAUGUUUCAAUCACCGCGCUAUCCAUAACAUGGUUGCUGGGACCACUCCGAGCAUCCGAUCAAGAACCGCCUAAGUUCCAACACGAUCUUGCAUUGAAAAGUGUUGGCGAAAAGCUCGAUCUUAUGCUGAAUGACAUAUCUGGCUUGAAAGAAAAGAUACUGGGCCUCGAAAAGGCAGUUUGCAAUCUAGAGCUCUUCGCCAACAGCUUUACAGGAACAGAGAGAUCCUUCAGCAGAAGGCUUGAAAGCCUCUUACAGUCCUGCAAGGAAACCAGCCAACAGCUUGCAUAUGUUUCCGACCCCUUCCCUGUUGCGUCUGGUUCGAUUGGUCGGACCACCAGACCGUCUGAUAUUUUGCUAGAGGACAAAUCCAUCAAGGUGGGCAACAAGACCUUCAACAUCGCGACAAAGGAUGGACUAGACCAAUGGAAGACCUUUGUUCACCAAAGCAUCAACAAAAAGCCAGAACCGGAGCCCAUUGUGUCUGGUUCGGAGAACGAUACAACACUCAGUCCCAUUGAUCUCAAAGCCUUGAGGACGACGGAUGAGAACGGGAAGCCCUUUAGGCGGAUUUUUGUGCCCAACAGAGGCUGGGUAUCAUCGAAGAAGCUCCAUCAAGAACUGCAGCUAACGGCUUGA